CCUGGAGCAGCCAGGUCCUCAGGUUGAACCAGUGACACUUCUUGGCCGUGCUGCUUUCAAUGACCGAGUGGAAUGUCGUACUUCAUAGAAUGUGGAAACGUGAAACUUCGUUCUUAGUCUUGAGAUAGCUCACGCCAACUGCCCGCCGACGACAUGGCGCUUUGCAGGGAUACGUAAAUGUCGGAGCUUUAACCGAGACAGUGAAGGCACCACUUCUGUUAGUCUUCCGCCUGUCGGAUCGUCGCGCAGCUAGCAAACAUGACUGCUACUGUUGUUGUCCGGAGGUUAGCAGCUCUGUCCGGGGCUUCUGCCGUGGCUGCGGGGGCAUACGGGGCUCACGGUUUCAAAAACAGCGACCCUGAUGACUACCAGAUGGUGCUGUUUGAAACUGCCAACAAGUACCAUUUCUACCACAGCCUGGCCCUGCUGGGAGCUGCCCACUCCGGUAAACCUGCGGUGGCUGGAGCCCUCCUGAUAGCAGGCAUGGGGAUGUUCUGCGGCUCUCUGUACCACCAGGCCCUGACGGGGGAUCCCGGCCUACGCAAAGUGGCUCCCAUGGGUGGCAUGGCAAUGAUCGCUGGCUGGCUGGCCAUUAUUCUCUGAAGUGUAACAGUUCAGACUCCUCCAAUGUGACACUAAGCUGUAGUGUGAAUGGAUGGACUGGAGAGUUUGUAUGUUUGUUAGAAGUGCUGAGUUAUGACACCCAUGGGACCGCUCCCUGUCCUGGGCUGAGAGUGUCGGCAGGAGAUAAGGUCACAAUGGCGUUAUCACUUUGGUACCAUAGCCAUCAGCGUCCGACUGCUGCCCUCUGACUUGUAAGAGUAACAAUUGAUGAGCUAAGUAAUCAUUCAUUUAUGCACAUUUUUGUAAAUCUGGAAUUUUGAACAGCAUAGCAACUUUUUUUUGAAGAACACAAACAAGUGUAUAGAAAUUACAGAAACUUCCUGUGUGCUACAAUAAGCUUGUGCAUGUAAAUAAUUCAGUAGUUGUUUUAUUUCUAACCCUGGUCUUCCUGCUGCAGUAAAAAGGCUUUAUAUUUCAAUAUAUUUAAACAAAAGCAGUAUGGAAAAUUGGGCUAAAACAAAAUAAAAAAUAUGUUUAGAAUUAAAUAAAAGCUUUUUCUUAAA